AUGUAUAGAUUUUCAAUUUAUUUACUGCUUUUAUUAUUUCUCAAUGAUCAAAUCAAUAGUCAAAGUUCUAUAACUCCAAGUUAUCAACGUUUAGCAUCAUUAUAUUGUUAUAUUGAUGAUUAUUCAACAUGGACAGAAGAAGAAACAUCGUUAAAUUAUUUUUUACAAUUUGCUCGUUAUUUUAAUCUUGAUUCCAGUCGAAUUGAACAAGAACUAGAACGAUACCGUUUACAACAUGAAUGUUUAAGAGCACUUGAACGUCUUCCUAUUAUCAUGGGAAAGGGAUAA